CUACUCAUCACAGAACUGUGCAAAGAGCCAAGGAGAGGCCACCGCAGCACGCCACUGCUCCCUUUCAAAGGUGAACACAGUAAAAUUUAUGACAGGUGCGCUAUCAGAACACAGAGGAGCAUAAAAGCAGGAGGAGGCGUGAUAGCCCAUCUCUCUGCUGGAGCAGCUCUUCCAGAGGCUGGAGACAGCUGCAGCGUUCUGGCAUGGGGUUGCAGCCGGGCGUUUUCCUCCUGGGGCUGCUGCUGCUUCUGGGGCAAGGGAUCCCCCAGAUCCAUACCUCUCCCAGCAAGAAUACACUGGAAGGGCAGUCAUGGCCGGAGUUGCAGACCCUGAAGAAUUUUCCAUUCCCAUGCAACCCAAAUAAUUUAGGAGUGAAUGUGCCUUCUAAAUCAGUUCACUCUCUGAAGCCUUCUGAUAUUAAAUUUGUGGCAGCCAUCAGCAAUCUGGAAAUUCCUCCAGACCCAGACCCAGAGACAGGCAAUCUGGUGAAGCAACAAUGGACUGAAGAAAGACCACGGCGCAUGUGCAUGGGAAUCGUGACAGUCCUUUCAGACAUCAUCAGACAUUUCAAUCCUUCUGUUCCAAUGCCCGUGUGCCCCACUGGGAAGAGAGUCGUACCCCACGAUGGUGCUAAAGACUUGUGGAUUCAGGCUCGAGAACUGGUGAGAAUCAUGAAAGAGAACCCGCAACUUGACUUUGAACUUGACUGGAAGCUCAUCAAUGUGUUCUUCAGCAACACAAGCCAGUGUUACCUGUGCCCCUCUGCUCAAGUUCUUCUCUCACAGAACGGGCUCGCGGCGGGUGACCUGGACACGCUGAACGGGGUGCUGGAUUACCUGCAGCAGGAGGUCCCCAGAGCGUUUGUAAACCUGGUGGACCUCUCGGAGCUUGCAGAGGUCUCUGGCCAGCAUCAGGGCACUUGGCUCAGCCCUGCCCCAAAGGCCUGCAGUUGCUCUAAGGAGACGUCCAGACUGGCCAAGGUGGUGAUGCAGUGGUCCUAUCAGGAAGCCUGGAACAGCCUCCUGGCCUCCAGCAGGCACAGUGAGCAGGAGUCCUUCACGGUGGUUUUCCAGCCUUUCUUCUAUGAGACCACCCUGUCUCCACCCUCGGGGGAUCCCCCACUCCCGAAUUCUACCAUGCUGGCCUUGCAUCUCUGGAAUAGGAUGAUGGAGCCAGCAGGAGAGAAAGAUGAGCCAUUGAAUACAAAACACAGGAGGCCAAUCAAGUGUCCCUCUCAGGAGAGCCCCUAUUUGUUCACCUACAGGAACAGCAACUACCUGACCAGACUGCAGAAACCCGAAGGGAAGCUUGAGGUAAGAGAAGGAACGGAAAUCAGAUGUCCUGACAGGGAACCCUCCGACACAGUUCCCACCUCAGUUCAUAGGCUGAAGCCGGCUGACAUCAGUGUCAUUGGGGCCCUGGGUGACUCUCUCACGGCAGGCAAUGGGGCUGGGUCCAGACCCGGAAACAUCUUGGACGUCUUGACUCAGUACCGCGGCCUGUCCUGGAGCGUCGGCGGAGAUGAGAGCAUCAGCACCGUCACCACCCUGGCCAACAUCUUCCGGGAAUUCAACCCAUCCCUGAAGGGCUUCUCUGUUGGCACUGGAAAGGAAACCAGUGCUAAUGCCUUCUUAAACCAGGCUGUGGCAGGAGACAAAGCUGAGAAUUUGCCUGUCCAGGCCAGGAGGCUGGUGGACCUGAUGAAGAAUGACACGAGGAUACACUUUCAGGAAGACUGGAAGAUAAUAACCCUGUUUAUAGGCGGCAAUGACCUCUGUGAUUUCUGCAAUGAUCCGGUCCGCUAUUCUCCCCAGAACUUCACAGACAACAUCGGGAAGGCUCUGGACAUCCUCCAUGCUGAGGUUCCUCGGGCAUUUGUGAACCUGGUGACGGUGCUGGAGAUCGUCAGCCUGAGGGAGCUAUACCAGGAGAACAAAGUCUACUGCCCAAGGAUGAUCCUCAGGUCUCUGUGUCCCUGCGUCCUGAAGUUUGAUGAUAACUCAACAGAACUUGCCAUGCUCAUCGAAUUCAACAAGAAGUUUCAGGUGGGGACCCACCAACUGAUUGAGAGCGGCCGAUACGACACAAGGGAAGAUUUUACAGUGGUUGUGCAACCGUUCUUUGAAAACGUGGACAUGCCAAAGACCUCGGAGGGAUUGCCUGACAACUCUUUCUUCGCUCCUGACUGUUUCCACUUCAGCAGCAAGUCUCACGCCCACGCAGGCAGUGCCCUCUGGAACAACAUGCUGGAACCUGUUGGCCAGAAGACGACAUAUCAUAACUUUGAGAACCAGAUCAAUAUCACGUGUCCGAACCAGGUCCAGCCGUUUCUGAAGACCUACAAGAACAGCAUGCAGGGUCAUGGGAGCUGGCUGCCAUGCAGGGACAGAGCCCCUUCUGCCUCACCCCCGACCUCAGUGCAUGCCCUGAGACCUGCAGACAUCCAAGUUGUGGCUGCUCUGGGGGAUUCUCUGACCGCUGGCAACGGAAUUGGCUCCAAAGCGGACGACCUCUCCGAUGUCACCACACAGUAUCGGGGACUGUCAUACAGUUCAGGAGGGGACGGCUCCCUGGCGAAUGUGACCACCUUACCCAAUAUCCUUCGGGAGUUUAACAGAGACCUCACAGGCUACGCCAUGGGCACGGGCGACGCCAAUGACACGAAUGCGUUCCUCAAUCAAGCUGUUCCCGGAGCAAAGGCUGAGGAUCUUAUGAGCCAAGUCCAAGCUCUGUUGCAGAAGAUGAAAGAAGACCCUAGAGUCAAUUUCCAUGAAGACUGGAAGGUUAUCACAGUGCUGAUCGGAGGCAGUGAUUUAUGUGACUACUGCACAGAUUCGAACCUGUAUUCUGCAGCCAACUUUGUUGACCAUCUCCGGAAUGCCUUGGACAUCCUGCAUAGAGAGGUGCCCAGAGCCCUAGUCAACCUCGUGGACUUCCUGAACCCCAGUGUCAUGCGGCAGGUGUUCCUGAAAAACCCAGACAAGUGCCCAGUACAGUGGGCCAGCGUUUUGUGUAACUGUGUUCUGACCGUGAGGGAGAACUCCCAAGAGCUGACCAGGCUGGAGGCCUUCACCCAAGCCUACCAGAGCAGCAUGCGCGAGCUGGUGGAGUCAGGCCGCUAUGACACGCGAGAGGACUUCUCCGUGGUGCUGCAGCCCUUCUUCCGCAGCAUCCAGCUUCCCGUCCUGGCGAAUGGGCUCCCGGACACGUCCUUCUUCGCCCCAGACUGCAUCCACCCAAGUCAGAAAUUUCACUCCCAGCUCUCCAGAGCCCUUUGGGCAAAUAUGCUUGAACCACUUGGAAGCAAAACAGAGACCCUGGACCUGAGAGCGGAGAUCCCCAUCAUCUGUCCCACUCAGAGUGAGCCCUUCCUGAGAACCCCUCGGAACAGUAACUACACUUACCCCACCAAGCCAGCCAUUGAGAACUGGGGCAGCGACUUCCUGUGUACAGAGUGGAAUGCUUCCAAUAGUGUUCCAACCUCUGUCCACGAGCUCCGACCAGCAGACAUCAAAGUGGUGGCCGCCCUGGGUGACUCGCUGACUACAGCAGUGGGAGCUCGACCAAACAAUUCCAGUGACCUGCCCACAUCUUGGAGGGGACUCUCUUGGAGCAUCGGAGGGGAUGGGGACUUGGAGACCCACACCACACUGCCCAACAUUCUGAAGAAGUUCAACCCUGACCUCCUUGGCUUCUCUACCGGCACCUGGGAGGGGACAGCAGGACUAAACGUAGCAGCGGAAGGGGCCAGAGCGAGGGAUAUGCCAGCCCAGGCCCGGGACCUGGUAGAGCGAAUGAAAAACAGCCCUGACAUCAACCUGGAGAAAGACUGGAAGCUGGUCACACUCUUCAUUGGGGGCAACGACUUGUGUCAUUACUGUGAGAAUCCGGAGGCCCAGUUGGCCACGGAGUACGUCCAGCAUAUCCGACAAGCCCUGGACAUCCUCUCUGCGGAGCUCCCAAGGGCUUUUGUCAACGUGGUGGAGGUCAUGGAGCUGGCCAGCCUGCACCAGAGCCAGGGCGGGAGAUGUGCCAUGCUGGCAGCUCAGAACAACUGUACUUGCCUCAGACCCUCUCGGAGCUCCCUGGAGAAGCAAGAAUUGCAGAAAGUGAACUGGAAUCUCCAGGAUGGCAUCUCCAGGUUCUCCUACUGGCACCAAUACAUGCAGCGUGAGGACUUCACAGUUGUGGUGCAGCCUUUCUUCCAAAACACACUCAGUCCACUGAAUGAGAGAGGGGCCGCUGACCUCACCUUCCUCUCCGAGGACUGCUUCCACUUCUCAGAACGUGGGCAUGCCGAGAUGGCCAUCGCACUCUGGAACAACAUGCUGGAGCCAGUGGGCCUCAAGACGACCUCCAACAACUUCACCCACAGCCGAACCAAACUCAAGUGCCCCUCUCCUGAGAGCCCUUACCUCUACACGCUGCAGAAUAGCCGGCUGCUCCCAGACCAGGCUGAAGAAGCCCCUGAGGUGCUCUACUGGGCCGUGCCAGUGGCAGCAGGAGUCGGCCUUGUGAUCGGUGUCAUCGGGGCAGUGGUCUGGAGGUGCAGGAGAGGUGGCCGGAGGGAAGAUCCUCCCAUGCGCCUGCGCACUGUGGCCCUCUAGGCUGGGGGCAGGGGGUCCUCACCUUAAACUCCCUGGCUACUCUCCUCACUCACCGCCCUCCGCCCCAGCCACUCCCGGCCACCAGGACAUGCUUCAACACCUGGUGCCAUAGGAAGCCCAGGGGACCGUCACGACUUCUCAGGGCCUGGGCUUCUUCCAGGACAAUGCUCUUGGAAUGGAUACGUUUAAAUAAAGUCCAAAGCUGUUG